CGCACCGGCGGGAGCGAAGCCGCUGCGCGCCCGCCCUGCAGAGAGAGCGGCCCGGGGCGCCGAGGGGUCCGCGCCGCGCGGGGCGCCGCCGCCCUGGCCGCCAUGUGCUCCCAGCUGUGGUUCCUGACGGACCGGCGCAUCCGCGAGGACUACCCGCAGGUGCAGAUCCUGCGCGCCCUCAGGCAGCGCUGCUCCGAGCAGGACGUGCGCUUCCGGGCGGUGCUCAUGGACCAGAUCGCAGUCACCGUCGUCGGCGGCCACCUCGGACUCCAGCUGAACCAGAAGGCCCUCACCACCUUCCCGGACGUGGUGCUUGUGCGGGUAUCCACACCCUCAGUGCAGUCAGACAGUGACAUCACUGUCCUGCGACACCUGGAGAAGCUCGGCUGCCGCUUGGUCAACCGCCCACAGAGCAUCUUAAACUGUAUCAACAAAUUCUGGACAUUUCAAGAAUUGGCUGGACAUGGGGUCCCUAUGCCAGACACCUUCUCCUAUGGUGGGCAUGAAGACUUUUCAAAAAUGAUUGAUGAAGCCGAGCCCCUGGGCUAUCCGGUUGUGGUGAAGAGCACGCGAGGCCACCGGGGAAAGGCUGUUUUUCUGGCAAGAGAUAAGCAUCACCUCUCAGACAUCUGCCACCUGAUCCGCCAUGACGUGCCCUACCUGUUCCAGAAGUAUGUGAAGGAGUCCCACGGAAAAGACAUCCGCGUGGUGGUGGUCGGGGGCCAGGUGAUAGGCUCCAUGCUUCGCUGCUCCACAGAUGGACGGAUGCAGAGCAACUGCUCCCUGGGUGGUGUGGGCGUCAUGUGCCCACUGACUGAGCAAGGCAAGCAGUUGGCUAUUCAGGUGUCCAACAUCCUGGGCAUGGACUUCUGUGGCAUCGAUCUCCUCAUCAUGGAUGAUGGCUCCUUUGUGGUGUGCGAGGCCAACGCCAACGUCGGCUUCCUCGCCUUCGACCAGGCGUGCAACUUGGAUGUGGGCGGGAUCAUUGCAGACUAUACCAUGUCCUUGCUGCCCAACCGGCAGACGGGGAAGAUGGCCGUCCUCCCGGGGCUGUCGAGUCCCAGGGAGAAGAACGAGCCGGAUGGCCAUGCUUCAGCUCAGGGAGUUGCCGAGAGCGUCUACGCCAUCACCAAUGGGUCUACCUCCAGCGAGAGUGAGCCUGAACUGGGAGAGAUCCGGGAUUCCUCAGCGAGCACAAUGGGGGCCCCGCCCCCUACGCUGCCGGAGCCUGGCUACAAUAUUAACAAUAGGAUCGCUUCGGAAUUAACACUGAAAUGAAUUCUUGCUUUUUGGCAGCAUUUCAACCAAAAUCCUACCGCUUCCCUCGUAGUUUUGAGUGAAUAAAACCUGGACUAACGUGAUUUCAUUUGCACAGAAACUAGGCAUCCCACCUGGGCACUCAGCAUUCUCUGUCGACGAUGAUCUAAGCGAAUGGCCUGGCUUGUGGUAUUUCUAAAGACACAGAAAAACACUCCCCAAGAACAACACCGCGCCUGGUGGGCUGGAGACCCACGUCUGCUGUGAGCACUUGGAUUCCGCCGCUGACUUGAAGGCACUGCCGCCGGGCUGCUGUUCUGCCUGUUAGUGGUGCAGCCUGUGAACCUGGAAUGAGUCCUGAAAUAUGGAGCAGCCUGGAGACAGAGUCUCAUGCAGACAAGGUGGACCAGAGCCGCAGUGACGUGUUCUUGGCUCAGUGUGGCGGUGAUGCUCGGAGAAUCCCCAGUUCAAACGCUGCUGGCAUCUGCUGCCGUCAGUCACCACCUUGACCGUACUUCUUCACUCAGGAUAUGGUAUUCUAGGGACCCUGCCCAUUAGCGUCUUCAACGAAGCACUUUGUAGAGAGUGAGAUGGAAUGUUCUUUGACUUCACUGAUUGGCAAGUGGCCUGCCUUGGGACUGGGGCUUUCUACAAAUUGCUUUGCCACGCUGCACUGAUAGACCCUGCUUCAGUUCAUGCCGGCUCCAGCAGCUUCUUGCACCUUUGCUGCCUUUGGCCCAGCUGGAAAUGCACUGCAAUGAGCCAGUGGCCGCACACUUUCUCUCUUAGGCGUGCACUAGAACCCAACACCAUGGACUGUCUUUUCAAUGGACUCUGUUCACUCGUCACCCAGAAGUUAGUGGGUUUUCACCAUAGAGAACUACAGGAAGAUACUCCCCUCCUCUGCUGAAGCUUGUGUCCUGCUUAGCUGUAGGAGGUUUCCUUGUGUGAGGUGGUAGUGUGGGUGUAUGACGUAGAGAGAGCCAUUGGAAAUGCACUCCAAUCCCCUCGACAUGCUAUGCUUAUCCAGGCUCCAGAGACCUGUCCUCACCCACGUUUCCAAACUGGGGAGACUCAGGUAUCAGGAAUUACUUGUUGCACAUUUUGAGGGGCUACCAUAGACAUGACACCAAGUGCUUUUCAUUUUAACUCUUUAGGCAGUAGACGAGACCCUUCCCUCAGGAGAAAGUAUGGAGAUGGAGCGUCUUCCCCUGCUUACAUGAAGUGUGACUGACAAUGAGCAAGGCUACCUUUUUAACCAAAUACACUAGACCAUAUGCACUCAAGAGUUACCAUAAUUGGAGUUAUUUCCUUGGGAGACCAUGCUCUUGAGCUAUAUGAUGUUAAUGUGCCAAGAACACUUAGAAUUCCUCUUUGAGGUUAUCUUUUACCUUUGAAGCCAUGAAAAGAAAACAGACCUCACAACUUUGUAGUCAGACAUCACCGUUUCUCCCCAUCACCAUCUGUUGAGGUUGUGCCAAGCUCCAUCACCCACUGUAUUUAUCAGACUAAUUUUCUAAUACUCUUUGGCUGUUAAAUCCCUUUCAAAAAAAUAGAUCUUCCCUUAGAAGUACAAAGAUUUACUGACAUGGAGGAAGCUUACAAGUUCACAGUUUCCAGAGAGCGUUCUAGAAUGUUCUGAGCAAGGUCAGCUUCACUGAAAUAAGAAUACAUCUUCCUAAGGUGACUACUUUAAUGGCAACCCCACCCAUUUGGGUGCACAAAAUCCCAUAGCGUUCUGCUGUAGAUGUAAAAUACGCAUCAAAUCAAACUAUCACACUUAGGUAGGAUUUGGCUUUUAAAAUAUUAUAGUUAAAACCAGAUCUCACCAAGUAACAGUUGUGCAAUUGAAAAAUGUUUGGUGCCAUGUAAUGGAGAUGUCAUCCUACACAGUUGUAGUCUAAAUGCAGACCAACAUGAGGUGCAUGCCACUGACCUGUAACCCUACUGAUGUGUCCAGUUGAAAAGUGAGACCACUUCACCUUUAUAUAGGUAAGACACAUACCUUAUCUUCACCACUCAGGGUGGCUUUUGAAGGAUGGUUCUGGGUCAGUUCUUGCUGGACUUGGUCAGAGGCUUUCUGUGUAAACAUCGGAACCAAAUCAUGACCUGGAAGCUGCGCUCACUCAUUUCCACAGUGCAGCAUCAGCCUGCUCUUCCCACUUUAUCUAAAGAACGCCAGCAGGGCCCCCUCCUGAGCAGAGCAGCUAGAGCGUGCUUCCAGAUUUCCCUGCGAGGGAGGCCCGUUUUCCAGCUGUUAGUGACGUCUGUUGUCGUUGGCAUCAUUGCUCAGAAGUAGCCCUGUGCGGAAGCAGAGAGAGCUGGAUCACAGCUGGGUCGUAGGCCCCCUCCAGGAUCACCCAUGCCCCAGGUGGGUAUGGGCUCUACGAGCAUCAGCCAGGUGGCCAGGCUGCCCUUGUCGCAGCUGCCACGGGCCUGCUGGAAAGAGCCUGGUCUGGCUGCUUCAGCAGCUGAUUGACUUCGUACAGUCACUGGACGCUGUGCUUCCUUUUCUGUUCUUUAGAUAGGGGAAAUGCCUAUUCUGGUUACCUGGGGGUGCCUUGAGGGUGAGUUAAUAAGUGAUACUGUGCAUUGUAUGUGACAGGUGGUAGAACAGUUUCUUAUUCCCAUUCCUUGGAGGGAGUUACGAAAGGGGCCAUGAAUUCUUGGAAUUAGCGCUUGGGAGAGGAGUGGGGCUCUUAAAAGGGAAUGCAGGUUCUCAGAGGUCUUCCAGCCAGCCAGGGCAACUGAAGAGCCAAGAGGAGCACGGCUCCUAGUGUAUUCACACAGCCUCUGAAUUACUGUAUGCAACCUGAAACCCUGGACUCUCAGAUACCAACGAACAGAGUCUUCCUUAUGUAACACAGAUUGCAGUGUCUAUAUAUGGUUUUCCCAUUACCUGGUAGUAGCAUCAUGAAACUGGUCAAAACUUGAAUGCCAAUAGCUCAGUCCCUCAGAAUAUAUAUGAUUCUGCACUUGUCUUCCUGCUAUCUGAUUGGGCAUGGGGUUCCAAAAUGUGGAUUUGGGGCUCCGAGAUCUGAGAGACAGGGUAAGUGGAUUGUCAGUCAUUGUUUUGUCACUACUAUAAAACGCAUUGCUGCCUGCUAAGGGGAUUGCAUGACAAUGGGGACAAGGUUGAGGGAAAGGGAUGGGGAAAGGCCUGGAGAGCUUUGGGGAAGAAACCAGAAGUUGGGAUCAUUUGGAAUUCUAGCAAAAAAGAGGAAAGAACCGGCUCUUCCAUGAGCACCGUUAGAAGUGGGUGCCUCUGAUGCUCUUCUUUACAAAGAUAAGGAGAUGCAUGGAUCCCCAUGCCCCCUGGAGAAGCAGCAAAGACCUGUCCCCUCCCUUCUUUAAGCCCUAGGAAUGCUGGUUGUCUGAACACACUGGCUGGAAAUCUGGGGAAGAGGGAAGUUUGCAGCUGGCUCUCCCGCAAGGUCAUGGCCCAGAACACUAUGUGAGGGCAGAGCACCGAGCCGCAGUCCUCCCAGGGCCAUGCAGGAACUCGGGUCAGUCCGUCCAACAGGUCCCCUCAGCUUACUGUUUUCUUCUCAGGAGAGGCUUCUCUGCCCUGAUGCUGUGCCGAUGUUUUGGGAAGGCCCCUGGCAACAGCCCUGGGGGUCGGGUUUUUAGACCUGGGGCUGUUUCUGCCUCUGUCUCAGACUCAAGAUUGGUACAGACAGUUGCUUCAAAGCAUUUCCACUUGAAGACCAUUCUUCUCAGAGAUGCGUUCUUUUAAUCAUUUCCUAAAACCGAGUGAUCCCUGCCUUCCAAGUCUAUGGCCAGACUCUGCAGCCUGCCCUCCUAAAACUCACACAGCUGAGUAUGAGGACUUUCUUCCUCUGAGCCUGUCAAUUUCCUUCUGCAGGUGCAAUUUCUGUGCCAACCUGUGGCACCAUCUGAGCCCUGGGCUGCCAUCCCAACCCUAUUGGGGAACCUCACUCUGAGAGGUUUGAGGGACCCCUUAGCAGCACUGGGAAGUCACCUAGAGUGCCCAAGUGGAGGCCACAGGAAUAGCAGCACUUUUGCGACCAGGCCCCCUCUUGUAUAAAAGGAGUCUGAGUUGCAGAGGCCACAGUCACUUAGCAACAAGGCUGAACCCAGGCAAUCUGAGUCCCCAUCCAGUUCAGCACACUGCCAGAGGUGCCUCCGCCCCCACACGGAGUCUCACACUCGCUGCCAGGCUGGGCCUGCCCCUGGCCUUUCCCCUUCUGCUGCGCCUCCUCUGGAUCAACAUGGAUUCAACAUGCUGAUGGCUGCUAGGUGAGGGCCCCAAAUGCACGUGUGAGAUUUCCAUGGUACAAGCUGGCUUGUGACCUGUACCCUCUUUAGACCAGCCAAGAGCAGUGAGCUCCACCCCAACCUUCAAUGAAGGGAUGUAGGGAGAAGGCCUAUGCCAAGCAGACUGAAGGCUUCCUCACCCCCGAACUGGGCUGAUGUUCUCUCUGCGGGAUGCCUUGGAGGCCAAGAGGGUUUUUGAUUUUUGUUUUUUAAGAUUUAUUUUGGGGCCUGCGCUGUGGCAUAGCUGGUAAAGCUGCUGCCUGCAGUGCUGGCAUCCCAUAUGGGUGCUGGUUUGAGUCCUGGCUGUUCCACUUUCAAUCUAGCCCUCUACUAUGGCUUGGGAAAGCAGUAGAAGAUGGCACAAGUCCUUGGGCCCAUGUACCCACAUGGGAGACCCGGAAGAAGCUCCUGGCUCCUGGCUUUGAAUUCCCCCAGCUCUGGCCAUUGCAGCCAUUUGUGGAGUGAACCAGCGGAUGGAAGACCUUUCUCUCUCUGUAACUCUGCUUUUCAAAGUGUUGCACAGACAGAGGGGGAGAGAGAUCGUCCAUCUACUCUUUCACUCCCCAAAAGGCCACAAUGGCCAGGGCUGAGCCGAUCCAAAGUCAGGUGCCAGGAGUUUCUUCUGGGUCUCCCACGCAGGUCCAAGGACCCAAGCACUUGGGCCAUCUUCUGCUGCUUUCCCAGGCACAUUAGCAGGGAGUUGGAUCAGAAAGCAACCUGGACUCAAACUGGCACCCACAUGGGAUGCCAGCAUUGCAGGUGGCCACAGCACUGGCCCCACCAAGAGUUUGACAUUCCGGAAUUCUUGCAGGGAGAAUUCUUUGGAUAAGCAUGCUCCAACUGUGAUCAGCAUCAAGGCAGAAUGUUACCUCCUCCUCCUGGUUUCACAGCCCCCCACCCUGCCUCUUGCAACCGCAUAGGAGGCACAGACUCUUCCCUGUUGGCCCAAACAUCAGUUGAGGACCUCCUGCCCCUUGAGAUCUGCAAAGGUCUGAUAAUUGGGCUCCAGUUCCAAGCCUCUGGAUUGUUGUGAUUUUGAAAGGACUUAGAUUUUUGCAACCAUUUCUGACUCCAGACUUCUGCUACCUCAUUUUAAACAACCCUGUUGUCUCAUCCCUGGAAGGGAUCAGCUGAGGCUGAUCAGCAAAAUUCAAAUGAUGUGUGUGUGUGCCUGCACACGUGUGUGUGUGUCCUCCACUGAAGAGAGAGGGAAUGGCAGAUGCUGCAAUAAGACAAGCUGAGCACCCAUUCAUAGAAUGUUCUUUUGAUUUACCAGAGAGCAAUCUCCCCUCACCGUGCACUCCAUGUGGCUUCCUUCCUCGGGACAAACCAAACCCAGUUGUGUUCGCAUGGACAGCAGAAUGGCCACUCCUUGUCCUGAUUUUACUCCUGCCACCACCUUACCUUCCUGAUUUCCCCUUUAAUCACAGGUGGCUCAUGAAAGGCAUUUUUCUAAACAAAGCUCCCUUCUCAAGGGGAACUGAGUGCUGUGUCUUAAGGUGACUGUAUUUUCUCUUUCUGAAACAUUUUGGAAAUUUAUUUGAAAGGCAAAGUUAGAAAGAUAGAGAUCAUCCAUCCACUGGCUCACUAUCCAAGUGGCUGCAACCACCAGGGCUGUGUCAGGCUGGAGCCAGGAUCCAGGAGCUUCUUCCUGGUCUCUCAUGUAGGUGUAGGGGCCCAAGCACUUGGACCAUCUUCCACUACUUUCCCAGGCACAUUAGCAGGGAGCUGGAUUGGAAGUGGAGCAGCCAGCCUCAAACUGACCCCCUCCCCGCUAUGCCACAGAGCUGGCCGCAGGGUGAUUGUAUUUUCGUCACAGCAGCCACACUCACCAUUAGCUGUUGGAGGCAUGCCUUGGGGAAGGCAACAUGCGCUAAUGUGAAUGGCACCAAUUUGAGUCCCAUUCGGUUCAAAUCCUGACUCGGAUAACUUAAGGCUUGUGUGAUCUUGGGACAAGCACUUUGUUUUGCUAAACCUUUGCCUUGUGGCCUCUCGCUGUGAUGACUAAACAUUAACUGGAGUGUGAAGCAACACGCACAUGCCCAGUUUUCUGCAGGUCCCUUUCCUCUUGUUUCCCCCACCGUGAACAAUUGCGAGCAGCGCCUUCCUGGGAUCAUGGCUCAGUGCCAGGGAAUAAAGGCUGGCAGACAGCAGCUUUAGGGCUGGGGGGAAGAGAGGCUGGGGGGUCAGGCUGGCAGCUGCUCAGGCAAGCUGUGGUUCAGGCUUAAUGACUGGAAGGUCCCAUCCAUCCUCGAGAAUCUAUGAUGCAAUAGUGCAAGCUACAGUGGAUUAUUGGGCUUGGAGCAAUCCUGGAGGCAAGGCUGUCUCAGACAACUGGGAGAUGAACAGCCUGACCUUGGAUGAUUUAGCACCUGGCUCUCUUGGCUCUUCCUGUAUUAGUUUUGCUGGCAGUGCAGCAAAUGGAAAGAGGAGGUGCCAGGGAGUUGAAUUAAACCUGUCAGAGGGUUAGAGGGGAGCAGAAGGCCGGGGGGCUACGCACGGAACUCUGAGCGCCUGACGGCACCAUCUGGACUUGGCAGGAAAGGCAGCCCUGAAAUCAGCUGGAACCAUCCAGUAAAGCAGCUAGAAUUUUGUCUGUCCUGAGUGUGGCUCCCAGCAUCUCCUCGUGACAAACACUGAUCUCCUGGAAGGGGACAGCUGGGGCCCUGCAUUGCUCUGCAGUCUUGGUGGAGGAAGGAUUGGGCGGUGCCUGCUUUGUUUGGCCCUGCCUGGAGGUCCCCCGAACUCCAGCGGUGUGCUCUGGCCAUCCCAUGAGAGUGGAUUCCAAAAUUUUCAGAAAUUUUGUGAGCUGGUUGUUAAGCACAGCCAUCAUUAAAUUAUUUAAACCUACAAUUAAACUGCAUUUAAAACAUAGGUAAUAAAAACUCAAAAUGUA